UAUGACAUGCGUAUUGUUUUACCUACGUGUUUAUUUUGAAUUUAGAUUUGGUUUUUCAAAAUUGUUAUUGUAUACUAUUUCCUUUUUAUAACAAUAGACAGACACAACUAAUAUUUCGAUUUCAAAACUAUAAAGAAAGUUCAACUAUACACUCUGCGUAAAAGAAUACUCAACGAAAACAUUUUAGAAAAUUUUAUUAAAAAUAUAAGAAUAUCAUUCUUUAAUCUCUUGUUUAUCAAUAUAUACCGUCAAGAUAAUCAUCUAAUCGCGAAUGGAGGCGAAGCUACAAGAGUACCGUAGACUACGACGACGAAAAGAGUUAAUCGAAAAAACAAAAGCUAAGUUAGCAAGUUCUAAAGAAAAACUCAUAAAUUUUUUGGUGCCCAGUGUAUUUAGGGAUAUGGGCGUCGAGAGAAAUGAAGAUGAAGUAUUAUUGAUGGAGGAAGAAGAACCACCAAAGAGGUUCCAACCACUUCAGACAGAAUACCCAAAUGAUGUAGCAUCUGAAACCAGUGAGCUAGAAUCCUUUGAAGAGGAAUCCAAUGAAUCCUGGCGCUACUACAUCAUAAAAUGGUCACUAAUAGCCAUUAUUUGGCUGUCACUAUAUAUUUAUUUCUUACAACUGCAAUUUGGUGCUGUAUUUUUUGUAAUAUCAUUACUGAUUGGCAUAUAUUUGAACACACGGACAAGACCGAAGAAAAAGGGGGAGGUUUCUGCAUAUAGUGUGUUUAAUGAGGAUUGUGUUAGUAUAGAUGGGACGUUGAAAGCAGAGGAAUUACAGAGACAAAUGUUAUAUGGAAUGGGAGGGAUGAACAUGCUUUAGCUGUCAAGUGAAUUAGGCCCUUAUUCACAAACAUUACUUGUUAUGUAAUGUAAUAAAUCUGUUUCUCAGUGUUCAACGUGACCAUCCUCACAGUACAUAGGCAAAGGAGUGCUGUAGUGGCAAAAGGACUAUAUAACAUGAUUCCUGCUAGCUUCCCUUUCAUAAUUUAUAUCUAAUUAUAAUUAGAAUUUGUGGAAGGUAUUUGUGCAUAUUAGUUUCAAUAUGCAAGUUCUCUUUCGGAAAAUUCCACUCUUUGCCACUGAAGUGCUGUGAUUGGCUAAUAUUGAGAUACAAUUUUGCUUCAGUUGACUGCCAUAUAAAUGAAGCAGAAUUAGGCCAAAAAAAAACUAGAUAAUUGCUGACACUGUGUUUGACUGCACUAUGCAUCCUUAUAGUAUUGUUUGUGAAUACAGGUGUAAAUUGAUCUUACUGUGAAAAGUUCCUUUAUUCAAAAUUGAACCUUAUGUAACUCAUAUUUGUGUUUUGUGUUGUUUAAAAGUGCCAGUGAUUUAGUAUCAUUUGACAGUGGCAUUGAAAAAUCAACCUUUUUGUAACUAUACUAGGUAUAAAAUAACUUGUAUGAAGGAACUGUGCUGUUGUCAAGGAGAUUGAGGCCUUAUUGUGAUAAUCAUAUUUCUAGGAGUAAGUUGUAAUAGAUCUUAUUGGUUAACAAACAAAGCUGGUAUUUAUUUGCCAUUAUGCUGCAGGUAACAGUUAUUUUUUCACUUUAAAAUGCGUUAAAAUUUCAAUCAGAAUAAUCAAUACAAUUAAUUUAUGCUUCUUUUUUUAAUUAAUAUUUAUUUUACAAAAGUAAAAAGUAAUAAUCUAUAAGAUAAUGUUGGCCUAUUUCACUAUGUAACAAAAGCAAAAAGACAUUAAUUUUAAGUCUACCUCUAUGUGAUGUGUAAUUGACGAAUAAAUAUUUAUUUAUGUAACUAA